AUGGAGCCCCAGGUUUCUCCUCUGCCCUCGCGGCCCACGACGCCGUUGUCUCGUCGGGCGCAACACCACUCCCCUCGGAUGCAGUACCGGAGCCGCCCAGUUGCUGUCGCGGUAGACCCGGUCUCUCUCGUGAUAGCCGAGUGCAUAGCGAUCACCUCAGCUUGCCAAAAACAUGCGCGAUCUCCUCACUCGUCCGUGGCAGCCAUUCUCGGCGGCGGGCCCAGUCCGGUGCAGCUGGGACCCUCGAAUUCCGUGUCCCUCGGCAAGGGGAGGAGCAAGACCGCGGCAGCCAAUAUCACAGGCGAUGGCACAGCUGACCUGGUGCGCUGGGGGCUGAGGGGGAAGAAGGGAAAGAGCAUGCAAGACAAUCCGUUGAUCUCGGGUUUUGGAAGGCUGAGGCAUGAAUUGACGGGUGUGAAAGAUAUACACAAAUUCGAUGCCUUGACGAUGCUCUACCCCUUCCUCCAGAUCGUACAGGCAAAAGGUACCGCCGCCCCUGUCACAAUCCUGGCCCUGAGAGCCAUACGGAAAUUCCUCGCCUACGGUUUCAUCUCUCCCGAGUCGCCCCGUUUCGCCGUCGCGAUGCAGUCCCUGUCCGCCGCCAUCACACACUGUCAGUUCGAUAUAAGCGAUUCCGCGCAAGAGGAGGUCGUUCUCUUGAUGAUCCUGCAUCUGAUGGAGGACAUGCUCUCGGGACCGGGCGGCGACAUACUGAGCGACGAAAGUGUCUGUGACAUGAUGGGACGUGGCCUGACGAUAUGUUCGCGGCCCAGGUUCUCUGAGGUGCUCAGACAGACGGCAGAAGCCUCGAUGGUUCGGAUGUGUCAGAUCAUCUUCGAGGACUUGAAGCAUCUCGAGGAAGAAGCCGGAGAAGAAAGCGACGCGCUUGACAAAAAGACCAAUGGGGAUAUGGACACUGUCAACAUGGAUCCAUCAGCAAAUGGCACCGAGAUCCCGGUGUCGGCGGCGGAAACGGCCUCCGACCUACCACGAACCUCCGAGUCAGCAAGCACCGACUCGUCUGGAACGGCAGAGGCAGACCAAGCAACUAUUGCAUCUGAAACCGCAACGGCAGAGUCCCUGGACCUCAGGCCUUAUUCGUUGCCAUCUGUCCGAGAACUGUUCAGAGUCCUCGUCAACUUUCUUGACCCACAUGACCGCAAACAUCCAGAUACUAUGAGGGUCAUGGCGCUGCGGAUAAUACAUGUCGCGCUCGAGGUCGCUGGACCAUCGAUCGCGAGGCACCCGGCCCUGGCAACGAUCGCCGAAGAUCGGUUGUGCUUCUACCUCUUCCAACUGAUACGUUCUGACCACACGGCCAUCCUGCAAGAGUCCUUGCUAGUGGCGGGAACCCUCUUGUCAACUUGCAGGGGCGUUCUGAAGCUGCAGCAGGAGAAGUUCUUGUCCUACUUGGUCGCGUGCCUUCAUGUGUCCUUGGAGAUCCCCCGAGAACCUGGGAUUGACCCGUCUCUUUAUGCUGACAUUCCUCAAACGCCAAAACUCGUCAGACCGCCCCCGUCGCAGAUGGGCAGUGGCCGUGCAACACCGGUACCGGUGAGGGAACGGCAGAGCUUAGGCCUAGAGGGUGGCGCGAGAAAGCCGGAUGCAAGACAGGCAAUGGUUGAGAACAUCUGUGUUCUAGCACGAAUGCCUACAUUCCUGGUCGAGCUGUUUGUCAACUAUGACUGCGACCCAAACCUCGCGGAUCUGUGCGAAGAUAUGGUUGGUAUGCUCUCGAGAAAUGCCCUGCCCGACUCGGCUACUUGGAGCACCACUAGUGUGCCCCCGUUGUGCCUCGACGCACUGUUGCGAUAUAUCCAAUCCAUCACAGAAAGGCUAGACCAGCCGCCGCAGGCUGAUGGCUAUCCGGAUCCAUUACUUCUCCGGGAACAGCGGCGGAGAAAAAAGCUGAUUAUCAAAGGCAUGAACAAGUUCAAUGAGAGCACGCGGGGCGGUCUCGCUUUCUUGCAAGACAAGGGCAUCAUUGAGUCCGCAACAGACCCCGAAUGUGUUGCUGCGUUCCUCAGGAGCACUACUCUGGCCUCAAAGAAGGUUCUGGGGGAAUUUAUAUCUAAGAGAGGCAACGAGGCGAUUCUGGACGCUUUUCUGGACUCUUUCGACUUCACUGGCAAGCGUGUCGAUGAAGCAUUGAGAUCCCUUCUCGAGACAUUUCGUCUUCCGGGCGAAUCUCCGCUCAUUGAGAGAAUUGUGACAUCGUUCUCCAAGAAAUUCUUGGACAGCGAUAUACCUGGAGAAGUUGCAAAUCCCGACGCCGCCUACGUCCUCACAUAUGCAACAAUCAUGCUCAAUACCGACCAACAUAACCCUAAUGUCAAAUCUCAAGCUCGCAUGAAGGUAGAGGAUUUCGCGAGGAAUCUGCGCGGAGUGAACGACGGGAAAGACUUUGCGCCCGAAUAUCUCCAGGCCGUCUACGAUGCCAUCAAAACGAACGAGAUCAUCUUGCCUGAGGAGCACGAUAACAAGCAUGCUCUGGACUACGCAUGGAAGGAGUUGCUGUCCAAGACAGAAGCUGCAGGUCCUCUCAUAACAUGUGACACGAACAUAUAUGACGCAGACAUGUUUGCUGCGACAUGGAGACCUAUUGUCUCAACCCUGUCCUAUGUUUUCAUGUCUGCGACGGAUGAUACAGUCUUCAUGCGGAUCGUAUCUGGUUUCGACGAGUGCGCUCGUAUUGCCGCCAAAUACAACAUCACGGAGGCGUUGGAUCAAAUCAUCUACACCUUGAGCGUCAUGACGACCCUUUCUACCGAGAUGGUCUCCAACACAAGCCUAAACACCGAGGUCCAGGUGGAUGAGAGGAGCGUGAUGGUGAGCGAGCUUGCGGUUAAGCUGGGACGCAACUUCAGAGCCCAGCUUGCAAUCCUCGUCCUGUUCCGGGUCGUGACGUCUAAGGAGCACAUCAUCCGGAAAGGUUGGAAAGACAUUAUUCGCAUAUGGCUGAACUUAUUUGUGAACUCGCUCAUCACGUUCUCAAGUGAUCGCAGUAAACUGGCGCUGUCCAAUAUACCGCUGCGAACCCCACAGCAAGUCAUAAAUCGUGCCAACAAGCAGAACGACACCGGACUAUUCUCAGCUUUCUCGAAUUUCAUCAGCAGCUAUGCGGCGGAUGACCCUCCAGAGCCUUCUCAAGAGGAGCUCGACAGCACACUCAGCACAGUGGACUGCAUAAACCAGUGCCAGAUGGAUGACAUUUUUGCAAACAUCUCGAAUCUACCAGAUGAGAGUCUUGAGGCUCUGGUCGAUGCUCUGUUAGACCAGAUACCAGAGGACAGCGGAUCAGAAGCCGUAAUCACCGUCAAGGCCGACAAUGUUCCCUCUUCAUCUCCAGCUCUAGCUCAGAAGCCAAACCAUGCCGUGGCCUACGACCCGGGGUUGGUCUACAUCUUGGAACUCAGCACAGUACAGGCUUUGCGAGACAAUUAUACCGUGCAGCUGCUUGGCAAGCGCGUGGUCGAUGCGCUUCAGGCCAUAUUACGCGAUCUCAGCCACCACCAUCCUAUCAUCAUAGCAAGGACGACCUUUUACCUCUUCAGACUACUUCAAGCUAGCUAUGAGUACGAUUUCAUCCGCGUGCCUAUUCUGCUCCACACUGUCUCCAGCUUCCCUCCCGAGCUUCUCAGGAAGACAUCCAAACUCAUCCUCCAAGGAAUUAAGCUUUGUGUUGACGAGCCCGGCCCGCUGCGAAAUGAGAUGAUGACCUCGCCGGACUUCUGGGCCAUUCUUCGCAAUCUUUCAACAGUCCCGCAAGUCGCGCCCGUCGUCUUCGAUAUACUUGAGACCGGUGUGAUGCCGCCCUCCACGGCCAUCAUGGCGGACAACUAUGAGGCAGCCAUCACUCUGCUGAAUGAGUUCGCCUCUGCCGCGAGCGCGACCGUGACUAAGGAGCCCAAGCCUGAUCGCAGGCAACCGCGGAAAGCAGCGAGCCGCCCCAAUUCCGCGAAAGCGGAAGCUUCCAACCCUGUUGUCCAGCGGGGCAUCAAGGCUGUCAAUAUCAUCUACAGCAUGACCUCGCGCAUCCCGCAACUCAUUGAGCAGUCUCACCUGGAGACAAAUGAGGCGUGGUCUGCGUAUUGGCUGCCUAUAUUCGAGGCGCUCACAACGCAGUGCACAAACCCGCGCCGAGAAGUACGCCAGCUGGCGUUCAAUUCUCUACAGCGUGCGCUGUUUUCGCCUGAGUUGACGUCGAGUGAUCAUCGCGAAUGGACCGCGAUCUUUGGCGAGGUCCUUUUCCCGUUGAUUCUGAAGUUGCUGAAGCCCGAGGUCUUCUCCACCGACAGGGACGGCAUGAGCGAGACGAGAGUCCAGGCGGCUUCUCUUCUUUGCAAAGUAUUUCUCCAAUACUUGGUGCUCCUGUCUGAAUGGGAUGGCAUGUUGGAUCUUUGGCUCAAGAUCAUUGACAUCAUGGACCGUCUCAUGAACAGUGGACAAGGAGACAGUCUGGAGGAGGCUGUUCCGGAGAAUCUCAAGAAUGUGCUCCUAUUCAUGUCGAGCAACGGUUAUCUAGUGCCACCAAGCAAGGACCCAUCCAAGGAGAAAAUAUGGUCGGAAUCUUGGAAACGUAUAGACCGGUUCUUGCCGGAUCUGAGGAAAGAUCUUGCGCUGGAUGUGGAAGAAGAACAGCAGACCAAGGAGGCGGCAGCAGCAGCAGACCCUCCUCCACCUCCAGCAGAAGAAGGAGAGAAGGCCGACGAGAAGUCAGCAUGA